CGCAGGGAGAGUGGACACGUCAAGCUGCAUUAACUCUGCCACCACAUCCCUCCCGUCCUUCUCAUCUCUACCCCCACAGUCUCCGAGCCACUGCCAGACGAAGAUCAGCAACAUGUCUCUCCUCUCCGCGCAGUCCGCGACCUCCGCUCCUGCAGCGCAGGCUAGUGUUGGCGCCCCGAUCGAGUUCAUGUUCAGGCAGAUCAUGGAAGCCGUGCAGAAGUCGCAAUUGGAGAUCGCUGAGCUCCGCUCCGAAUGCCACGAGCUCCGUCAGGCGAACGCGAGCCUCGAGCGUCAGGUCCGGGAGGGUCUGAACAACAACGGCUCAAGACUCGGUACGCCCGGCUUCCAGACUCCUGCGCCUGGCAGCCCUCAACUCCGCGCCAAGUCCCCCUUCCUCACUCCGAACUCAAUCCCGCAACUUGCGGUACCGCCUAGCUUAUACGUCCCUUCGCCGCUAAGCGAUAACGCGCUCACCCAGUUUCCCUUCGGCAUACGGGAAAUUCCUGGUUUCUGGGUUGUGAUUCCCGCCGGUGGAGCUGGAACGCGUUUGUGGCCCCUCUCGCGAGAGGGGCAUCCGAAAUUCCUGCUCGACCUCACGCUCAAGGGCCGGUCGCUCAUCCAAGCUACCUGGGAUCGUCUCCUUCCGCUCUCCUCUGCUUCGCGUACCGCAAUCGUCGCUGGUCCUGCACAUGUCAAAAGUAUUAUGGAGCAGCUUCCCGACCUUCUCCCCCACAACUUGUUCUGCGAGCCCAGCGCGAAGGACUCGAUGGCCGCCAUCGGUUUAGCGGCAGCGAUCCUCGCCGUGCGCGACCCGAACGCGAUCAUCGGCUCCUUCGCUGCUGACCACAUGAUAUCCGGCGACGACGCGUUUCUCGCUGCAGUCGCGGAAGCCGUCGAGGUCGCGAAGAAGGACUACCUCGUCACGAUCGGUAUCGCGCCCUCGCACCCCUCGACCGGCUUCGGUUACGUUCGCCUAGGCGAGAAGCUCGGCCUCUCCGACGCGCCUAACGCACGGCUCGUAUCCUCGUUCAAGGAGAAGCCAGAUGCGCGCACGGCGGCCGCGUACAUCAAGACGGGUAACUACCGGUGGAACGCGGGCAUGUUCGUGACCAAGGCGGCGUUCCUCAUGCAGCUUCUCAAAGAGUAUAAGCCGGAGCUGCACGAGGGCCUGGAGAAGAUCGCCCUCGCGUGGGACGACGAGAAGACGCGCCAGCGCGUCUUGGACGAGGUCUGGCCCGGGCUAGAGAAGAUCGCGAUUGACCACGCCGUCGCGGAACCGGCGUCGAUGGACCGCCGCGUCGCGGUCGUCCCGGCUACGUUCGGUUGGGACGACGUCGGAGACUUCUCGUCCCUCGCGGACCUCCUGCCCGCGGAGUCCAACCAGCCCCGCAUCCUUGGCGACAGCGGCCUGGUUGUCACGGAGCAGGCGGCGGGUGGCAUCGUGGUGCCGGGCUCUGGCAGGCUGGUGUCGAUGCUUGGUGUCGAUGAUCUGGUCAUCGUCGACAUGCCCGAUACCCUGCUGGUCACCACUCGCGCACGAUCGCAGGAGGUCAAGCGGCUCGUCAAGAAGUGCCGUGACGCGGGCUGGAAGCAGCUGUUGUGAGGUAAAUGUUCAUCUGCCCGUAGGACGACAGGCCUGGCGCGGAAAACAUUCUUCAUAUUGGUGACGGUACGGACCGAUGGACAAACCGACACGUUAUGUUGAGCUCUCUCUUGCUUUGUAGAUCGUAGGAGUUAGUUAGGAGAGAUAUCCAGGAACACAGUGGAAGCUAGGCAGCCGUAUAUAACUUUCCCCCUACCCUGCAGUGACAACUUGUCCAUCACCUUCCUAAUAUCUUAUUACCCUUCCGGACUCCGUAUUCCACUGCGUUAUGCAUCCGUAAUACAGACUAUCCCUGUAGAGAGUCCACAAGCCCCCAUCGUCAUAUGCUGACAGGUGUUCAAGUUCUCUUCUAGAGCGCUCUGGGUCUUGCCAAAUUAUCUGCGCGGUUUCUCGUCCCGCCGGACCGUUGACCCGACACAGCUGUGCAGGCACGGACAGAGGCAUGCUCCUACAGACCUUCGUGAGAGCUGAGGGGCAGCUGACGUCCUGGGUCUCGGACGGAGCCUCGUGCAUCCCACGAAACGUGGGUUUCUGUGGCUUCCAACGGCCACGAUGGGAUUGCUUGUACGGCACGCCCUAGCAUG